UCACAAGCCUGUUCCACUGCGCGGCAUCACCAUGUUUCUCCCAUAGCGACGUCAAAGCUCCACUCACACCUCAUGAGAGUGCCAUACUGCCUCCUCGAUGUCCGAGCCUGGAAAGGCUGAGCCUCAGAGCCAGCCGUCACCAAGUGAUGCGCCGAACGGCCCCACCACGCCUGCAAUCGACGAUGCGCCGAAGCAGGCAGACCGCGUAGAGCAGCACGAGUUCGCCAACCCCACGCUGAGCAUAAUGGGCAAUGCCUCACGCAGUCCUUCAUAUAGCGGGUCUACCUCGCCCUCGAGGGAAGGCACACCACCGCCGCUGCCCCCACGGCCACAACUGGGCGUGCCCACCUUCUCAUCGCGGCCAGCAUCCUCACAUUCGAUAAUACGGGCGCCCUCACAACCACAGCUAGUUUCGAGAGCUACCACGCAGCUCUCCGUCACCAACACUCAGGCGUUUGGCAGCGAUUCGCGUGACGACUCUACCCCGCCAGCUCCCUCGAAACCACGACAUGUCCUUCCCAACCUCUCAUCGAAUGCAACGAGCGAUGCGGAUGAUAGCGCGAGUGCUAGAAGCUAUGCGCCCACAAUUGCUGAAGCUGGAGGAGAGAGCAUACUGAGCGAGGUCAUGGGUGCAACUGAGAAAUCGGCGCAGGAGACACUGCUGCGCUCUCUCGGGCACAGAUUCGACGAUGCAGAAGCGCAGAGCUUGUUCCCACCAGACCCUGAUUUUGAGUCGUCUUUCGAUCACGAGUUUGAGGACGUAGACGACAUGGCAGCAGAUGGGUCAAACGAAGAACAAGUUAUGCGACAAUGGCGAGCAAAGCUAAAGCACUUUCUCAUCCUCUCAAGCGCAGGAAAGCCCAUCUACAGUCGACACGGCGACGACCAGCUGAUCACGAACUACAUCGGUGUUGUACAGACUAUCAUUUCUUUCUACCAGUCCACCAAAGACACCCUACGCGGCUUCACAGCAGACAAUGUUCGCUUCGUAGUCAUGUCAAAAGGUCCGUUGAACCUCGUUGCAAUCACACGUCUACCUGAGAGCGACUCUCAGCUCCGCACCCAGCUCGAGGCGCUAUAUAUGCAGAUCCUCUCCACCCUCACACUCCCUAGCAUGGAACGCAUGUUCGCGGCGCGCGCCAACUACGAUCUACGACGACCCCUGCAAGGCACCGAAACGCUCCUGUCCGCACUCGCAGACGGUUUCACAAGGGGGUCGCCCUCAACACUGCUCUCAGCACUCGAGUGCCUGAAGCUACGAAAGUCCCACCGAAAUACCAUCAACAACACACUAUUGAAAACACGCUCCGAGAAUCUUCUCUACGGUCUUAUCGUUGCAUCUGGGAAGCUAGUGUCCGUUGUACGGCCGAAGAAACACUCCCUACACCCUGGUGAUCUGCAUUUGAUCUUCAACAUGCUCUUCGAAGCGGGCAGCGUCAAAGCUGGAGGGGGCGAGAACUGGAUACCACUCUGUUUGCCAGGGUUCAACAACACGGGUUAUCUGUACAUGUACGUGAGCUUCCUGAACCUGGAGAACCCUGGCGAGCAGAUGGAGGAAAGACCAAGAACGAGAGACGGCGGCGACGAUGAGGUAGCAGUGCUGUUGAUCAGUGCGGAUAAGGAGAGCUUCUUCGAGAUGAGGAAAAUGAGGUACGAUCUUGUCGAGGUACGUACAUUGUCUUUCUUUGGUUGCGUUAUCCAUUGCAGCUUUCCCGCUUGGCAAUACCUUGGACCUUUCGAAACCUGGUCCUGGACGAUUCUUGAGUGUUCAACUGCGUUCGAAGCGCAUUGAAAACGGCAAUGGAGCUGUACUUCGAGCAGAACGUCGACCCCGAACACGCCGUGCAAAUGUGUCCGCCGCAUCAACCUCAUGACCAAGAGUCAUCUGCCCUCGUCAACAACGGUCUCUCUCUCGUACGAACCAGGCACCGCCUUUUGGUAGCAACUAGGAUCUACCUGUUUAUCGUUCAGC